CGUACUCAAACGUCUCAAGUUGUAUGUACAUGCUAUGUAAUGACAAUGAAUUCAUUCGAAUCCUUUGAUGUUUGGCUGAAAGACAUCUAUUAAUGCAACAUUACGGAUGUCAACUGUUGCAAAACACCAAAGUGUCCACGAUAUCAAGAAUUUAUUCAUCCUCUCACAAAAGAGAGAACAAUGGCAGGUAACAUAAUACAGCAAAAGCCACUCAGGGGUAGACUUGGAGACCCAGAACUGCCAGCACCACGGAUGACCAAGAAAUUCCUUAAAGACCACUGUAAGCAGCACCAUCUUUAUGCUACACCUUACCUGAAUGACACGUUGUACCUACAUUUUAAAGGAUUCUCCCUUAUUGAGAAUUUAGAAGAUUACACAGGACUGAGGUGUCUCUGGCUACAAAGCAAUGGGAUUCAGCGCAUUGAGAAUCUGAAUGCCCAGAUUGAUAUGCGAUGCUUGUUCCUACAGCAGAACUUUAUUUACAAGCUGGAAAACCUUGAGCACAUGAAGAAACUCAGCACAUUGAAUGUCUCCAACAACUACAUCCACAGAAUUGAGAACAUAUCUUGCCUCCCUAAAUUGUCCACUCUGGAGAUCACCAAUAACAGGCUGGAGACUGUGGAGGACAUUGAGCACCUGAGUCAGUGUUUGGCCAUCAGUGUGUUGGAUAUAUCUCACAACAUGUUAAAUGACCCCAGGAUUCUCCCUGUACUUGAGGCCAUGCCAGAUCUGCGGGUAUUAAAUCUAACUGGAAAUGCUGUGGUGAAUAAAAUCCCAAAUUAUAGGAAGACAAUGACGGCACAUCUAAAGCAGCUCACCUAUCUUGACAAUCGCCCAGUGUUUCCCAGAGAAAGGGCAUGUGCAGAUGCUUGGGCAGUGGGAGGCCAAGAGGGAGAGCGCAAAGCAAGAGAGGAAUGGGACACACGAGAGACGAGGAAAAUUCAGGCAAGCUUGGACGCCAUUGCAAUGAUUAAGAAAGCGGCUCAAGAAAGAAGGCACAUACGAGAGCUACAGGCGAAAGGGGCAACCAAGGUUUUCCCCACUCCUUGUGAUGAAAAUGACACCCAGAUUUUGACUUCAUCCCAGGAGAAGAUGGAGGACUUUGAACAGGACUGCAUGGAUGCCCAUGGGGAGUCACUGCAUAAUCAAGCAGAACACAAAUGCGGCCUAAAAACUGAACUCGUUGAGAAAACUGCACAACCAAGUGAAGGGUUGUUGAUUGAGCCAUUAGAGAAAUAUGAAAUGAUGCUGCCAUGGAGAGACGAGAGAGAAGGGGAGCAUCCAAAGCAGACGGAACAAGAACAGCAGUGUGUUGCACCAACUAUAGAGAGAGAGAAAGGAGAUAACACACAACAAAUCCAAUCACGUUUAUUUAAGUUCAUGGGAAAUGAGGCAGUGUUGGUUAACAUGAGUGUGCAGUGUGAGAAGGAACAGCCUUCCCCGGUGAUGGUAGCUCCUCCUGAAGCUGAUGAGAUCCUAGUUGCACCAACAUAUGGUCCAGGACCAUUGGUAACAGAGUUGAAAGAUGUUGAGCAGCUGGAAACCAUUCACCUUCCACUGCAUAUUGAUGAUCUGCCUGAUCUUGAGGAUGUUGACACAGAAUACCUCACUGCAAUGGUUUCUUCUCAGCUGGUGUUCAAACCAAUAAUAGAGGUCAUGUCAGGAAGGAGCAGUGACGAGGAUGAGGCUUCUGGAAACCAGAGUAAAAUCAUCCCCACUUUAAAUCCUGACAUAAGUCUCUGACAACUCUUCAUCACGGGAGAUUUGGGUUUUGAAUUAGUGGAAUAGUCAAAGACCAACCAAACCUCCUCUACACCAUGGUACCUCAUUAAGGAGCUGGAGGCGCCUGGGGAAAACCCAGAACUCGCUGGAGAGACUCUUAGCUGCUGCUUCUUCGACCCAACCUCAGAUAAGCAGUAGAAGAUGGAUUGAUGGAUCGAUGCUUUAAAGGUUUUACCCAAAUUGUCACAGAAUUUCAUAACCAUUUUGUUUAUGCCAUUGGCAAUUUAAAAUGGGGCGGUGUUUUUUUGUGGGGCAAUAAUAGCUUUAUAAAAUCAUAUCAAGGCAACACAAAAUAAUGACUAAAUUAAUGAAGGCAGCACAAUUAUUUGAAACAGCACCAUAAGCAAAUUACACAGGCUGCAAUCUGUUUAUCCAUGUCAAUUAAGAAACUAUGUAAUACAUGUUGGAACAACAUUAAGUUCUCACCCUUGCAUUCCAAUAUACAAGGUGAUCUAUUUUGAAUGUUAUGUGUUGUAUGCCAAUUAAAAAUGUACACAGUCUGUCUAUGUAUGCGUGA